UUUUUAACUAGCACACGCGUUGCAAAAUUAGUCAAUUUACGUUCAGUCGGUGCUCUCAUCUGCUUCGGGAUGAGUUACUUCAAGGAAUUGAAUGUGAAUGAGAGUAAUUUUCUGUAGUUCUUGUCUAUAUUGCAAGGUAAUCAUGACCGAAUCCGACGAAUAUGGAAGCAUGUGGGACACGGAAGCAUUACUGAAGGUCAAAGACAAAGUACCAGAGGGUGAUUUGGAAAGUGAUGCUGGCAGUGAUCGUUUGAACUCACCGUCAAUUUCUAGAAAGUUUGUCGAUGACGAUGGAGAAGAGAAAUGCAUUGAUUUUGUACUUGUACAUGAAGAUGAACACAAAAGAACAUCAAAAGUGCUCCGAAAAAUGAGCGAAGAAGAAAGAGAAGCAAAACGCAGAAAGCGUGAUUUGAAAGACAAACAAAAAAGAUGGAGAUCGAAGUUCUUGAAAAAUCUUGAAAGAAAAGGAGUUGAAAUCAAAAAGGAUGAAAAAGUUAGUGUAGAUAAAACAGUGCAAUACUAUUUACUACAUAUUCCAUGGGCACUACUGAUACACUACGCUGAAGAUCUCAAUCUGAGAGCUCCUCUACAGCUUCGUGAAUACAAAAGUAAACAGUGGUCUGCAAGCUUGUUAAAUCAUUGCAAAGCAAGAAAUAUUAUGGAAAUUGAUGUCCCGAAUCGCCCAGCAUUGUAUUUCACCUGCACAUUUCGACAAUCGAAACUGCACAAUUUUCUUGGAAGUGAUGACCCUAAAAAUUAUUUCAAAGAAACAGAUAGACAACGCAUAGCUUGGGAAAUCCUCGAAGUAACUGCUUAUGGAAAGAAAAAGAAAGCUGAAGUUGGAAUUGAAAGAUUGUUGGCAGAAGAAGUAUUUGAUGCUGCAUUUCCUUUACAUGAUGGACCAUUUCGUCUCCCUCGUAACCAAGAAAAGGACCCAUCUCAAAUGUGUAAGCGGCAAGUUCUCUUUGAAUAUUGGGCAAAAUGGAGUAGAUGGUAUAAAUAUCAACCUAUGGAUCAUAUCAGAGAUUAUUUUGGUGAAAAAAUUGGAAUUUACUUUGCAUGGCUAGGUUUCUACACAUCAUGGCUUCUUCCAGUUGCAAUUUUAGGAUUGCUGGUAUUCAUUGGAGGAAUGUGCAAUAUGAGUACUAACAUUAUGGUGGUAGAAAUCUGCAAUACCACAAACAACUUUAAUAUGUGCCCUUCAUGUGAUACAUGUAAAAAUUGGGAGUUAAGUUCAACCUGUGGACAAACUAAAUUAUCUUAUUUAUUCGAUCAUCCUGGAACUGUUGCAUUUGCAAUUGUUAUGUCCUUUUGGGCUGUCUUGUUUCUUGAAUACUGGAAGCGAAAAAAUGCAAGUCUUGCUCAUCAUUGGGAAGUUAUGGAUUAUCAUGAGGAUGAGAGACCUCGACCAGAGUAUGCUGCUCUUGCUCCUCAUCUUGAGAAGAAUCCUGUGACUGGAGUACUCGAACCACAUUUUCCUCCAUCUUCAAGACUCAGAAGAACAUUAACUGGUUUCACAAUCCUGAUUAUAAUGCUGAGCGUUGUGAUCAUCUUUGUGAUAUCAGUGAUUUUAUACAAAUGUUUAAUUGGAAUCAUCUUGAUGCAUAGCAGUAACUACUACGUACAUGUUGGAGCUGGUUCUGUAAAGUCUUUAUCUGGUGCAGUAUUGAAUCUCAUACUAAUUAUGUUGAUGGCUCAAGUCUACACAGAAGUUGCAAGAUAUCUUACAAGAUGGGAAAUGCAUCGAACACAAACAGAAUACGAGAAUGCUUUCACUUUCAAAGUGUUUAUAUUUCAAUUUGUCAAUUAUUAUUCAUCGAUCUUCUAUAUUGCAUUCUUCAAGGGGAAUCUUGUAGGAAUUCCGGGACAUUACAGCAAAACACUAGGUGUUCGAAAUGAAUCUUGUGGAAGCGGAGGAUGCUUAAUCGAACUUGCUGAACAGUUAUUUGUUAUUAUGAUUGGUAAACAAGCCAUCAAUAAUAUACAAGAAAUAGCGUUCCCAAAAAUAAAACAAUGGUGGAACACAAGAAGAAUGAAACAGGCAUUUGGUAAAGAGAAAGAAAAAUCUCUAAGAAAACCUUGGGAUCAUGAAUAUGGACAUCUUGUGAACUAUGAAGGAUUAUUUGAAGAAUAUUUAGAAAUGGUUCUUCAGUUCGGUUUCAUUACAAUAUUUGUGGCCGCUUUCCCAAUUGCACCAGUAUUUGCACUCCUAAAUAACUGGUUAGAAAUUCGACUUGAUGCAAGCAAGUUGGUAUGUGAAACAAGACGUCCAGUUGCUGAUCGUGCACAAAACAUUGGAGUAUGGUUUUCCAUUCUUGAUGGAAUAGUACAAAUUGCUGUUAUUACAAACGCAUUUUUGAUUGCAUUUACAUCAGAUUUCAUUCCAAAAGUAUUUUAUAUGUAUUGGAUUGGCCAUGGAGAACUGAAAGGAUAUGUUAAUUUCACACUGGCUUAUGCCCCUUAUGAUGCUGGUUUAGGAGAUUGCAGAUAUAAAGGGUUUCGUGAUAGAUAUGGAAAUUAUACAAUGCAUUUCUGGAUGAUACUGGCAAUUAAACUUGCAUUUGUCAUAUGCUUCGAGCAUGUUGUAUUUUUUGUCGGGAGAAUGAUUGACUGGAUUGUACCAGAUGUUCCACAAAGUCUUGAAUUGAAAAUAAAAAGAGAGCAUUAUCUGGCGAAACAAGCUUUAGCUGAUAACCAAGAUACAAACCUAGAAGUCUUAAAACUAUACAACAGACCAACAAGUGUGGUACUUGAUGAGAACGAGGAAUAUGAUUUGGACGAAAGUGCUUUUAUUGCAGAGAUUACAUGAUAGAAUAGGUUGCAUUAUUUUGACGCCGGUACACCGGAUCAUAAUUUAAAUUUUCUAUUGUUUUUUAGAGCAAAGAUUUAUUUAUCCUGGUUGAAAUAUAAUUUCUGUGUUCCGUAAUUGGUACACUUGGUUGGAGCUAUCUGUGAAGUUCGAGUAUUGUGGUGUCUUUCACUAUGUACAGUAUGAGUACCGGUACCGUACCAUAAGUCAAAACGAUGUUAAGCAUUUUGUCAAACUUUUCAUUUUUCUAUGUUAAUAAUUAUCAUGGUUUUUGAACGAAUUAACACCCUAGGAAAUGAUAUAUUAUAAAACAAUUGGAUCAUACAUUUUGUAUUUAUUAUUUACUAUUCGGUAUUAGUGCCACAGUUUACUACUGAUCACCACACGUUUUUACGAUUUCUAUUCAAUAUUCACAACAUGAUUUUCAUUCAAGUAAACCGAGAGCAAUGGUCACAAUAGUGAACAAUUAUGUGUGAACUGUUUUAUUGAGAAUAAAUUUCACAACCCAC